CUCGUGUAUCAAAGUUCCAUUACUUGGGUUGUUGUGUAACUCUGUAAUUCAGAGGUUCUUUGACUCUGUUGCUCUAUGCACCAUGGCGGAUAUCAUGAGGAGAUUUGUUCUGCCAGAGAGAGCUCAGCUGCAUAUUGCUAUGCUUGCUCUGCAGUUCGGCUAUGCUGGAUUCCACAUCGUAUCCAGAGCCGCACUUAACAUGGGAGUAAGCAAGAUUGUCUUUCCUGUCUACAGGAACAUCAUUGCCCUGAUCCUGCUUGCUCCUUUUGCUUAUUUUCUUGAAAAGAAGGAGCGACCACCUCUUACUCUCUCUUUCUUGGUUCAAUUCUUCCUGCUUGCAUUACUUGGGAUAACUGCCAACCAGGGGUUUUAUCUGCUGGGGUUGUACUACACAUCUCCUACGUUUGCAUCUGCCAUACAAAACUCUGUACCAGCUUUGACAUUUAUCAUGGCGGCAGCUCUUAGGCUAGAAGAAGUCCAUUUGAGGAGGCGAGAUGGUUUGGCGAAAAUAGUAGGGACGAUAGCCUGUGUUGGAGGUGCCACAAUCAUUACCCUGUACAAAGGCCCUGCAAUCAACCAUCUGUGGCAGAAAAGCCUUAAUCUUGGAGCUCUCGCUGAGGAUGCUGCUCAUCUUUCUGCAAACGCAGGGAACUGGACGCUUGGAUGUCUCUAUAUGAUUGGAAACUGCCUAGCUUGGUCGGGCUGGAUAGUUAUUCAGGCUCCUGUGCUGAGAAAAUACCCUGCACGUCUGUCUGUCACAUCCUUCACAUGCUUCUUCGGCCUUAUUCAGUUCCUGGUAAUAGCAUGUUUCUUCGAGAGGGACCUAGAUCGCUGGCAGAUGCAUUCUGGGGGAGAACUCUUUACUAUCCUCUAUGCUGGAAUUGUAGCUUCAGGCAUUGCAUUCUCAGUGCAGAUAUGGUGCAUCGAUAGAGGGGGUCCAGUUUUUGUUGCAGUGUAUCAGCCUGUCCAGACUAUAGCCGUUGCAGUUAUGGCAUCCAUCAUUCUCGGGGAAGAGUUUUACACGGGAGGAAUAAUUGGAGCAAUUCUUAUCAUAAUAGGUCUGUAUCUAGUACUGUGGGGCAAAAGUGAAGAGAAGAGACUGAAUCUGUUGGCAAAGCCAUUGCUAGCUCCUGAACCCACUCAAAGCAGUAGCAGCAGCAGCAGUCAUUUAGAUGAGGAAGCCCCACGAAUUGCAAACAAGGGUUUCACAGACCUAACGCAGCCAUUACUUGAUGGUCAUGAUCUCAAGCACAACACUGCUUAGGACUUGUCUGCAAAUACACCUCUACACAAAACUUUAGAUUUCCCUCCAGCAUUUGUUUCUCUUUUUCAAGUUAGUGACAGAUAUGGGGCAUUUGAAUGUGUUUUCCCAUAGUAUAAUUGCGUAAGAUUACGUUUUGUGGUUUGGAAGACAUUGUAAUGGUUUUUGUUUUCAAGUUUCUCUCUAGAGAAAAAAAUUGAAGAUACUAUAUAAAUGGAGUGUUUUAAAAGA